AUGCCCGAAGCUCCCCCGGCUUUCUGGCGGGGCUGCCCCUCGGCAUAUCACGUGGAGCCGUAUCGACCACGACCCGCUGGUGAGGGCACGCCCAAAACACCCUUACAACCCAAAUCCGUGAACUCGAUUGAUCGUCUUGUGAGACCGUUUAAAUGUCCCGGCUCGGCGACGCCCACACGCGUAUCCGAGAAACCGUCCAGGAAGAAGCGGAAGGUUAAUUAUACCAAUGCUGAUGGGAGUGUCGAGGAUGGGGCGGAGAAACCAUACACGAAUGAGGACCGGCUUGCUUUGGCGACGAGGGAGGUCAAUAAAUUUCCUGUGUUUAAGCCUAAGGACAAGGAUAUGGCGUUUCGAGCGCGGUUUCAAAUUCCGUUUAUCAAUAAGGCUGGCGAUGGAUACAAUGCCGGCCGGGCUGCUCCCACAUUGGGCAUGAGGCAGGGUGCAACAUUUGUUGUUAAACCGCUGCAUGAUCCUAGUGGAGAGUUUGCGAUUGUGUUGUAUGAUCCCACGGUGGAUGACGUUCCUGCUGAGCCUGAGCCUAAGGCUUUGGAGGCGCCCACCGAGGAGAAGCCGAUACUAGAUGAGCCCAUUGUGCACAAGAGUUUGGCGGACAUUCUUGGGUUGAAAAAGGAUACGGAUGAGCGACCGAAGGUGCCUGUUGUCAUUGAUCCGAGACUUUGCAAAGUGCUACGGCCACAUCAAGUGGAGGGAGUAAAGUUCUUAUAUCGAUGUACCACUGGGCUGGUUGAUAAGAAUGCAAACGGUUGCAUUAUGGCAGACGGCAUGGGUCUUGGAAAAACACUUCAAUGUAUUGCAUUGAUGUGGACACUUUUGAAACAGUCUUCCGAGGCAGGAAGAACAACAAUUCAGAAAUGUGUUAUUGCAUGCCCGUCAAGUUUGGUCGGCAAUUGGGCCAACGAGUUGACAAAAUGGCUUGGGAAGGACGCCACAACUCCCUUUGCAGUGGAUGGAAAGGCUUCAAAGACAGAGCUCACUGCCCAGAUCAAGCAGUGGGCCAUUGCAUCAGGGCGUGGAAUCGUCAGGCCUUGUCUCAUCGUGUCUUAUGAGACGCUUCGUAUGUAUGUUGAUGCAUUGAAGGAUGCACCCAUUGGACUUCUCCUGUGUGACGAAGGCCAUCGACUUAAGAACAAAGAAAGCUUGACAUGGACUGCUUUGAACAGCCUGAACGUUACUCGCCGAGUCAUCCUUUCUGGAACACCCAUCCAGAAUGACUUGUCUGAGUACUUUGCUUUGCUCCACUUUGCCAACCCAAAUCUUCUCGGUUCACAAGCCGAUUUCCGGAAAAGAUUCGAGCUGCCAAUCUUGCGAGGUCGAGACGCUGCAGGUACCGACGAAGAAAAGAAAUUGGGUGAUGAACGACUCUCGGAGCUCUCCGGCGUUGUCAACAAAUUCAUUAUUCGCCGAACCAAUGAGCUGCUCUCCAAGUACUUGCCGAUCAAGUAUGAGCAUGUCGUGUUCUGCAAUAUGUCACAGUUCCAGCGUGGUCUAUACGACCAUUUUAUCCAGAGUCCCGAGAUUCGAAGCCUUCUACGUGGAAAGGGCAGUCAGCCGUUGAAAGCAAUUGGCAUUUUGAAAAAGCUUUGCAACCACCCUGAUCUUCUUGACCUUCAGAACGAUCUUCCAGGGUGCGAGCAUACAUUCCCCGAAGACUACUCACCUCCCGAUUCUCGAGGACGUGAUCGAGAGAUCAAGAGUUGGUAUUCCGGGAAAAUGAUGGUUCUUGACCGCAUGCUAGCCCGAAUCCGACAAGACACAAACGACAAGAUCGUUCUGAUCAGCAACUACACCCAGACGCUGGAUCUAUUCGAAAAGCUAUGUCGAUCGCGUGCAUACGGUUGCCUGCGACUUGACGGUACCAUGAACAUCAAGAAACGCUCUAAGCUGGUUGACAAGUUUAACGACCCAGAUGGCCCUGAAUUUGUGUUCCUCUUGAGUAGCAAGGCUGGUGGAUGUGGUCUGAACUUGAUCGGCGCCAACCGUCUGGUGCUUUUCGAUCCCGACUGGAACCCAGCUGCUGACCAGCAAGCGCUGGCACGAGUGUGGCGUGACGGACAGAAGAAGGACUGUUUCGUCUACCGUUUCAUUGCAACCGGUUCGAUUGAAGAGAAGAUCUUCCAGCGACAGUCCCAUAAGCAAUCACUAUCAUCAUGUGUCGUCGACUCUGCAGAAGAUGUCGAGCGUCACUUUUCUUUGGAUUCUCUGCGCGAACUCUUCCAGUUUAAACCCGACACGCGCAGCGAUACCCACGAUACCUUCAAAUGCAAACGGUGCCGACCCGACGGCACACAAUACAUCAAGGCCCCAGCUAUGUUGUAUGGUGACACGAGCUCGUGGAACCACUUGAUCAAUACCGGAGAGAAAGGCCCUAUGAAUCAAAUCCAGGAUCUGUUAUUGAGACAAGAGACCAGUGAACGAGACGUUUCUGCGGUCUUCCAGUACAUCAGUCAUUAA